GUUGGAUAUCAUGGCAGUCAUGGGUUGUUUGUUACAUUUCGCAAUUGUUGGACUCCAAGUUUCAAGUACCUUAGCAUCAGGUACCGUCCCUUUGACUAGUUUUCUUCAGAACCAAAAUUUCUUUAACAUAUUCAGAAGAGACACUGAUUUUACUCCUUAUCAUGGGGCACCAACAAAACCCCCACAAUUUGACGCUUUGAGAGUAGACGCAAUUGAUUUGAACAAGGAUGGUUGGAGAUAUAACACAACAAAUCUAGUAUACAGUGGCCUAAAUGAAGCAGUUUUAGAUGACUUUGGAUUUAAUUUCAUGUCUAAUAUUACUCACAUAACCUUCCAUACCGAUAUGGUGGUCACGUGUCAAUACAUUACGGAUGGAAAGUUAUUUUCGCAACCCAUUAGCGGGGAAGGAUCCUGUAUCGUACAUCUCAAAAAUAUUCAAUUCGGUAUGAUCAUGCCAUUCAGUAUUCUUGAAGACUCUGGUCAACAGUAUAUAAAUCUUAGAAACUACCGUUACUUUUACGAUGUAAGAGAUAAUGCUGAUUUUACUUUACAAAAUCUUUACUAUGGAGACAAGGAAUCAAGUCACAAGAUGCAUUAUCUCCUAAACUAUAAUUGGAAAUUUGUCACAGAACGAUAUUCACCAAUUUUUAUAGACGCAGCCGCUGAUUAUAUGUUUGAAAUGUUCAGAAACAACAUGCUUGAUAUGCCUUUAAAGAAUCGCGUUGGUCACUAGACACAAAUUUUAAUUAAUAAUGAGUCUCGUUUAAAAUUAAUAAAAAAAUUAUUAUAUUAUUUUAGGAAUUAUUUUAAAAGCUUUCGUGAUUUGAUGUUUUGAAGAUAGUAAGUAGUUGAUAAUUUUUUUUUUAUUUUGACGUUUAAUUUUUGACAAUUUAUUAAUAUCAACUAAUGUGAUGCAAGACACAAUUACCUGAAAAAAAUAUCUACAAUAGAAGUAGAAAUUACAAUACUUUAAAGAUGCAGUUUUUUCUUUCUUUAUUUUAUCUACAACGGUCUAUUGUGAUGAUGUCGUCUUGAUAUCGGACAUGUCGUCAAUCUCAUGGGAGACCAAACUACUACGCAGGAUGUAUUAAAGUGCACAAGUGCGUGCGCAAAGAC